AACUGUCCAAUGGUCAGUAGGAAGGUAGAGGUUGAGGUCUGCAUAUUAUUAACAUGUUAUUAUUGAAGGUGUUUAGAUAUUGAUCCUGUAUUUCGUGUUAGUUACAAACUCGCGUCUUGGGCACCCAGUUUUAACUGUUCUAUUUGUAUACACAUAUACGUUAGGAAAAUUCGCGAAAAUGCCUAAAAAGAAUGAAGAAGCCGAGCCGAAGCUGAAUGAAGCAGCCGAGCCGAAGCUGGCCCAGAGGAGAUCACGGAGGAUUUUUGAGAGAGACCCCUCUUCCGCCCCUGAACCCAAGAUGAAAAAGGCUGCCCCAAAGAAGGCGGCGGUGGCGAAGGUGCAGGUGCAGAAGCCCAAGAAAGCAGGGAAGGGGAAAAAGGAGGACAAGCCGGAGGACGGCCCCGCGCAGAACGGAGAGACCAAGACGGAGGAGAUCUGUGUUUCUCGUUCAUCCGUUAGCGUCUCUGCCUCGAGGAGUGCCGCGCCCAGCUCGCUGUCAAUCAAAGGUCACACGGUGACCGUGAAAGUAAAGGGAAACUGAGGCGGCUGAGCCAGCAGCCGAGGACACCGAAUGAGCGGGGGGGGGACGUCACUCACAAACUUUCAGUUGGAUUUUAUGCACCUCUUGUACAAUGGGAAAGAAGGAUAUUUUUUAUCAAGUAUUUUGUAAAUGCUAAUUUUUUUAGAACCUGUGGUAGUGGGAUUUAACCAGUUGUACACAGUUCAUACGCAUUCUUCGGUAGCCUCUGUUCUUAAGUCUUCUCCAGAAACCCGGCACUCUGUGCGAGCGGGGUGUUUUAAAUAUGGCGGCGUGUUUUAAAAAAUGGCGGCGUGUUUUGAAAAAUGGCGGCCUGAGGAGGUCGUGGACCGGCGAAUGCCUCAUGUCACCAGGCCUGACGUCCACGUCCUAUCUGCUAGCCUUUGCUCUCUGUCCAUACGUUUGGGCAGCGAAUAUCGAGCGGGCGGUGACGUUCUCCGCCCGUGCGAGAGCAACGGCUCUGGAGAACUUCGCAGCCAUUAUUUUGAAACGCGACGGGAAUUUAGACAAGUACCCUCCCCCCCCCCCUCCCCGCCCCCCUCUGCUGUGUUGAUUUUGUUUUUACCUUUCGUGUAGAGCUUGUUGGGAUUUGUGUAUGUUUCAGACUUUUUUUCUUCUUUUUUUUUCUUUUAAAUUUUUUUUAAAAUUCUUAUUACUGUGACUAUUUUAAUCUUGGCAGUUUUACAUAGCAAUAAUGAGUGGUGCUUUGUACUAAAAGUUUCUGUGGUUGGCAAGCGCAGUGCAGAUAGAUGUGACCAUUUACCGCCUGUUUGGGAUUCACUUCUUGGAACUAUUUUACGAAAAAAUAAAAUAAAAAGAGAAACUUG